AUGGAGGAGUACCCAAGGGAGGUCCAGGGCCAACCGCUGCUGCUGGUGGCUUUGGUGGGUGCCACCGCCUUGCACCCGCGCCUCAUCGAGGCGCUGCAGGAUGCCGCCAUCGCCGCCUGCGGGGCCCGGCGCACCAAGUACUUGUCCUCCAGCUACGACAUGCGAAUUCUGCCGGCGAAGCGAGGGGCCAAGGAUGGGCCCAACUACAAAGUGGAGGGCAUCCUGAAGCGGCGCUGGCUGGAGAAGGUUUGCAAUACAAUCCCAGCGGUACUGGUGCUGUGUAUCGACUGGUCGGAUGACCUCAGUCAACCGGAGAAGGAGGAAUCGCAGGCUCUGCACUACUUGCAGCACGCGCGGCGUCAAGCCAAGGAGAGGGACUUGCGUCUCCUGGUCUUGGUGGUGCUGCAUCCCAGCACUGUGGACCAGGAGGCGGCGUGCGCGGCGCUGGUGCGGCAGGGGACUUCGGUAGUGGCCAUGGGCAAAGAGGACCUGGCAGCCAAGGCACCCAGAUUGGAACGCCUCAUCUACCAGAACGCAAUGGCAUUCUACUCCGAUGAGGAGAAGCGGGUGAAGAAGGUUUGGGUGCCUAAGACGCCCAACGCGGCAGCGCAGGCGGCCAUGCAGGUGAGGACCAACUUCAAGGUAGCCUUCCUGAACGAGUUCCGCAAAGAUGCACGAGCAGCCUUGACGGCGUAUAUCAAGGCCUACGAGCAGUUGCUAAAAGAUGCAGAUGUGGCAGAUGCCGUAGAAAGAAUGGAUCUCUGCAACUACAUCACCGUGAGGAUGUACCAGCGGUAUUUCGCGUCGCAUGAUGUGGGCGCGGCCGUGCACCACUGCCGAAUCCACACGGCCUCCUUGCGGCGAUGCUGCGUGGACGACGAGGAGCUUGUCUGGCGGAAGUGGCACUGGCUGUCCUUGACGAAUCAUCAGAUCUUCGGUGACCUCUUGGACAAUGUAGUGCAGAAGGUUCCAUCGCUCAUCGACCAGAGCGACAUGUGGCAAUUCUCGGGCUUUCACUUUCAGUCUGCCGCCCUCUACUCGCGCCGCUUGCGGGAGUGGGCCCUGCGAUGCCUUGAGCCUGGUCAUUUGCUGCCUCCUUGGAACCAAGGAGGUGAGCUCCAAGCCUCGCCUUACCUGGGCCAGGCGGGGCACUUGGAGCGGCCCUCGGAGGUGGACUCCCCGCACCUGGAGGUGCGGCUGCGCCUGGCGCAUGGCCAGGCCAAGAAGUACCAAGACCACGCGGAUCGCAGCUUGAAGCUGCUGAUCCGGACGCAGGCCUCGGCCAAGGAGCGGGGCUUCGCCAGUUGGGUCACGGUGUCGCAGCUGCGGCUGGCGGAGGCCUACUUGUGCGACCAGGAAGCUGGUCACCGGGAGGCCGCCAGAAAUCUCUUCGAGCGAGUGCGGAGAGGGCCUUCCACUUGGCCUUCCUUGCAGCGAUUUGCCUUGGAGCGCUCCAUCUUCUGCGGCUGCAGCGCCCUGCGGCUCCCGGUGCCCAGCGCCUGCAGCUUGAGCCGGGCGCUGCCGGCGGAGACGGGGCCGGACUCCGGCGCUGAAGGCCUGGACAUGGAGAAGGUCCGGGAAUGCCUGGUGCGGGACAUUUUCGAGUACUUGAAGACUUCCAACCAGGACCAGUCAGAACUCCUUGAGCUCGCAGCCACGGCCGCCAGCGCUUUGGCCCCUGGAGCCGUGGAGGUGGCUUUAGAACCGGGAUGCCUCAGCUGGGAGUUCGAGACCUUCCAGGUGUCCUUCGAUGUGCCCUUCCCUCUGGAGCUGGGCAAGCACUGUGUCGCCGUCUCCUCGGCGGGAGAGGUGCCCGUAGCCCGUCACGGCGAGGCUUCGCCGCUGGUGGUGCAGGGCCGGCUGCAGCACGGCAGCGUCACCUCGGUGAAGCUCCCGUGGGCGGCGCCGGCGGUGCUCUUCACAGGCGCCUGCGGCGGCGACACCUUCCGCGACUGGCGCGCCCAGCUGCCAGGCUUCGCCUCUGCGCCGAAGACGUCGACGCCGAGGGCCAAAGCUGCGGGGGACAUGCGGGCGGAGGUGAGCUUCCCUGUGGAUCCGGGCAAGGCGAUGGUGGCGGAGGCCUUUGUCUGCUUCGCAGUGGUGCGGGCGCCCGCCACGCCGCGGCAGGGGGCUGAGCUGUUUCUGUCCUGCAGCCUCAACAUGCUGGAGGACCUGGACGAGACCCCGCCCUCCAAUCAGUUGGACAGCUCCCUGGCACCCUCGGUGAGCUUGAUCCGGGACUGGGACUUGCAGCCCGUGUCCGACCUGGUCGGGGAGAAGGUGGCUGUGCAGGAGGCAAAGCUCCGGCCUGUCCCUGGCAUCCUGGUCUUCGAGGAACAGGCUGAAGGAACGCAGGUCUGCAAAUGGCCGCUGGUGGUGCAAUGCGGGCGCAGUUGCCGAGUGGCUCUGAGGUUGUCCUUGGAGAUGAAUGGCACGUCCAUCUCGGUGUCCGCGCCGUUGAUUAACUUCCAGCAUGCCCUGAAGCUUCACUUGGUGGAGGAGCGGGUGGCGGCCGCUUUGGAGAACCAGCGCCCGGCGCCCUUCGCGCUGAAGUGCGCGGCCUCCAUCCAGGCCACCGCCGUGGAGGCGGUCUAUCAGAAGGACAGCUCCGAGAUCAGCGCUGCUUGCCUGGGCACGCCUGGGCCAAUGCUUUGCGGCUCCUCCUAUGCCUUCCUUUUGCCUCCGGCACCCGAGCGUGCGCUUACCAGGCCCCGGCUGCGGGUCCGCUUUCAGCGGCGCAACGCGUUGGAAGCCUUCUUCCCCUUUAGCGAGGCGGAGCGCGAUCGCCAGCCCCCCUCGCCGCUGCCCUGCGCUGUGACCGAGUGGUCGCUGCCCUGGCCAGGUGGCCCCAGCUUGCCAACGACGAUGCAGGUUGAGCUUGACGUAUGCUCCACUGGCACGGUGGGCGCUCCAUUGGCAGCCGCUGUGCGCUUGAAGCAUGCCGCCAUCUCGGACCAUGACGAGAUCAAGAUCCGGAUCAUGCCGGGCGAAGGGGAGGUGUCGGACAGGUACCUGCUCUCCGGCCCGGUCUGCUACCAGGCAGCGGUGCCUGUUGGCAAGGACCCCAACGAGGCCAUCCCCGGCUUCGCGCUGAUCCCGUUGAAGGCGGGGUGGCUGUCACUGCCGCGGGUGCAGGUGAACUGGGGCACCCAGGAGGCGUGCAGUUCGACCAGCUCCGUCUUCAUCUCCCCCGCCGGCGCCGCCCUAUGGCGCGCCUGA